AUGCAACUUCUGCAUCAAGAUCAUAUUCACCAGAAAACGAUGAGCCAUCAUGAACUGCAAACGAUGGAUCAUCUUCAUGAUCCCGACUUGGAUGAAUUCGACCCGUUCGAUGAAGACAGCGGAAUACGAUGUACAACUCAAGUUGCAAAUGCGAUGUUCGUCACAGUGUCGAAAAUUGCAAUGCUGGUUUUGAUAUUCAGACUUCUGAAACAUUUGCAAAUUCCAAUCAAACUUCGCAUCUUCCUUCACGUCGCCGUUGCCACUGCAACCAUCGCCUGGUUCUCACCAAAGAAAAUCCUGUCGUUAUUCAUCUUCCAUCUGUUCAGUUUGAUAUCUCUGGCCUGUUGUGUUAACAAAGUCAACGGCUACAAAGUUCUCGCAUUCAAUAUCCUUAUUCUGAUCGCUUUCCAAAACAUCUGCCGUCACGCCAAAUCAGAGGAGUACUUCCUUACGAUCCGCGGAAUUUUGAUGAUGCAUAUCAUGAGAUUGACUACUGUUGCCUUCACCAGGGCGGAGUCAACAAUCAAGAGAAUGAGUUUCGAUCAGUUCGCGAUAUACUUGGAGUACAUCUACUAUCCACCGUUCAUCGUAUUUGGACCAUACACGACAUUCGAGCAGUUUGUCAAGAUGCGAGACGGAAAACGGACACGAUUUGAGGAUGAAUUGGGAUUAAUAGUACGUGCCAUUCCGGUACUCUUCUUUGGAGUUACACUAGCAAUCAUCUCAUCAUGCCACUUUGAAUUCUUCGAGCCGUCGUCCCAAUUCACGGAGGAUGUCCUCACCGCCAUGUCCUUCCGGUUCAGUCAUUACUUUGUAUGCCUCACGACUCAAGCAUUUGUCAUAUUCCUCGGAUCCAAUGUUUGCAUUUCCAACCCAUUGAAUGUUGAGUUUGCAAGAUCGCCUGUUCAAAUUGUGGUUGAGUGGAACAAGCCAUUCCAUACGUUUUUGCAUGAAUAUGUUUUCAAACGUCGUUUCUUCAACUCAACCGCCUACAACGUUCUUCUCACUUUUACCGUCAGUUCCCUUCUUCAUGGUCGCGACUACCAAAUGACUAUCACUCUUCUGGCUCUUGGAUUUAUCGCUUACUCUGAAACCGUGUUCCGUAAACGUCUUGCUGCCCGUUACUCGAUGUGUGUCGCCGCAAAACCCUGCCCAGUUCGAGCAAAUCGUCUCAUCUGCAAGCAUCAAUACACUACAUUCUCAAAGCGAACUCUCCUGGUCAAUUUGUUCUUCAUGCUUCUCUCAAUGUACCAUUUGGUUUUCACUGGAAUGACAUUCACUGAUGACUACUCGGCUACUGGAUAUCCAUUCUCCCAUGCUUGGAUCAUUUGGGGAACCCAUUAUUACUCCAGUUUUAUCAUUUCGAUUGUAUUCAUUGUUCUUUCAAAAGUUAUGUAA